AUGAAAAUAGAAGAAGUUGAAGCAGUGUUUGAUGAAUUUACUAGCAAUCCUGAAGAAUGGGAUAAUACAGGAAUAUUAGUUAAUAGUUAUUGUGAGUCAGAUAAGAUAUUACUUACAAUAGAUUUAACUGAAGAAGUGAUAGAUGAAGCUAUAAAUUUUGGAAUUAAAUUGAUUGUUAGUUAUCACCCUUACAUAUUUAACCCACUUAAAUCAAUUGUUAGAAAAGAUUAUAUUAAGUUAAUUAAGAAUGAAAUAUCAGUUUAUUGUCUUCACACAAAAUUAGACUUUCUAAUGAAUGAUUAUCUUUUUAAAAAGUAUAAUAAUUAUACUUUUCAUGAGUUAACAUCUGAAUUAAAGAAAAAGUUCAAUGUAAGUAAAUUAAGGGGAGUAUUUAUAAAUAAUAAAACAUUCUCACCAAUGAAUGAUAAACUAGUUGUAAUAGUAGGAUCAUGUUAUUUACCAAAAGUAACUAAUUCUUUUAUAUUAACAGGAGAAAUGAAACAUCAUGAUUUAUUAGAAGCUAAAAGAAACAAUAAUUCAGUUAUUUUAUUAGAUCAUUCAAAAUCAGAAAGAAUAUUUUUACCAGAACUUAAGAAAAUCUUGAAACAAAAGUUACCUGAAGAUAUUAAAAUUUUAAUUUCAAAAAAAGAUGAAGAUCCAAUAGAAAUGUUUUAA